AUAUUCAAAAUAAUAAUGGAAAGCUAAAAAACUAUAAAAACUCAAAAAUUUCCAAUGAAAUGUAUUCAGUUCAUUACUGUUCUCUCUGUGUUCCUGUUUGAGAUUCGAAAAUGAAAUUCUUUGCUGUUGCUGUUUUGGUAUUUCUGGUGGUGGCCCAGUCCCUGGCCGAAUAUACUUACAGAAACUCUGAAGAAAUGCGUGUAAGUGAUGAAGCCUGGUCAACGUCUUUCCUGCAAAGUUCUUCGCAUCAUCAGGAAUCCUCGGUGGUGCGCUCCUUUAAGAAGAAAAUUUCCCAACGUUUAGCCGGCUCUGAAACCUUUUCCAAUAAUCCCCAAUUUAAGGAGAGAGUUAUCCAAGUAGCUGAGGAGAAAUUGGAAAAAUGCCAAACACCCAGCGGUGAGAAUUAUGAUAGCCAUUGCGUGGGACGUGCCUUGGGCCAAGUUAUGCAGCUUAUUGGUACAGUGGAAAAUACCAAUAAACAUGCCGGCAAUCAUUAUUCCCAUGGUCGUCAAAAUCAAUGGAAAGACUCCUCGGAAUAUUAGAAUGGACAUUUCGAAACUUUUAUAUUGAAAAUGAUUUGGCUAAUAUAAAAUAUCUUUAGAAUGUUUUCUUCGCAUAAAUAACAUAAAACUGUUGCUACAUAAAAUAAAAUUGAAUAUUAGUUAUCAAUAA